GUCGGCGUUCGGCGUGAAGGCGCGCGGGGUCGAAGGUCAGCCCCGCAAAGAUGGCGGCGGUGACCUUCCUCCGGCUGCUGGGUCGGAGCGGCGCGGGGGCGCGGAACCUGCUCGGAGGCUCCAGGUGCUUCGGGGUGCGGACCUCGCCGACCGGGGAGAAGGUUACGCACACCGGCCAGGCCUAUGACGAUGGAGACUACAGACGAGUUCGGUUUUCAGAUCGUCAGAAGGAGGUGAAUGAGAACUUUGCCAUCGAUCUCAUCGCAGAGCAGCCAGUGAGCGAAGUCGGGAGCCGAGUGAUAUCGUGCGACGGUGGCGGGGGUGCCCUCGGCCACCCGAGAGUGUACAUAAACCUGGACAAGGAAACGAAGACGGGGACGUGCGGCUACUGCGGCCUGCAGUUCCGGCAGCCCCACCACUAGGGGCGCGCGCGCGUGGGUCGGGGCCGCUGCCCAAUCAAGGCUGUUGAACCCGGGCGGCCGCAGGCUCCUUUCUCCCAGCGCGGACCUCGCUGCCAGGGCUGCCAGAGGCAUCGGUGGGCACCGCCCACCCACACCGAACUGCACCCUGCAGGGGCCUGCCCCCUCGGGCACGUGACCACUGGGGGCGGGGCUCCCCAUGCAGGGCCGGGGAGACGGGGGAGACUGGCGGGCGGGGAAGGGGGCCGCGGCUGGUCCGAGGGCUCGGGCCGUCGCUCCUUCCUUCUGCUCGGUGGCCGCGGUGCAGUGUCCUGAGCCUCCAGACGUGAAGGGUCUAUCAGCAGGUGUUCACAGGACAGCGCCAUCUGUGUUUAAUAGUCUUGAUUAUGAUGUAUUACAACAAAAAUAAAAAUAAAACUGAGGGAAGAGAA